ACCACAUCCGCCACAAGCACUCACUUUAACACCUAACCCACCCUCACCCAACCAAAUCUUCGCAUAUACAAUGUCUGGCAAAGGAAAAGCUGGCAAAUCUUCGUCUGGUGGCAAGGCGGGCGGUGAAGGCUCAAAAUCCCAAUCCCGGUCGUCAAAAGCUGGCCUCCAGUUCCCUGUUGGUCGUGUACACAGGCUGUUGAAGAAGGGCAACUAUGCUCAGCGAGUUGGUGCUGGUGCGCCAGUCUACCUAGCAGCUGUCCUGGAAUACCUCGCCGCUGAGAUUCUCGAGCUUGCUGGCAACGCUGCUCGUGAUAACAAGAAGCAACGUAUUGUGCCGCGUCACCUGCAACUCGCCAUCCGGAACGACGAAGAGCUUCAAAAGCUUCUCGGAAACGUCGUUAUCUCCCAAGGUGGUGUUGUGCCACAUAUCGCACCCGAACUGUUGCCUACGAAGUCGGGCAAAUCAAGGAAAGACGAAGGCGUCAGCCAAGAGCUUUGAGGCUCUUUGGUCGUUCACCUUUUGUAAUCUUUCUGUAGUCUUUGGUUUAUCGCAUUGUAUUAUUUCUGCCAUUUUAUAAUUAUUAGCAUGAAUUUCCGUUGUCGUG